AUGGCUGGCCGUGUGCUGUUGGUGUGUGCCCUCUGCGUGCUGUGCUGCUGCGGCGGUGUCGGUGCGUGGGGUGGCGGCUACUGCACGGAGAGUGACUGGAGGGACUUGAGGGCGGUUGCGAGGGACAUGACGGAGGCGGAGAUUGAGGGGCAGUACUGCGGCCGCAAGCCGGAGUUUGUGCAGCGGCUGCGGGCGAGUCUGCAGGCGUCUGGAGAUCACAGUGAGUCUCAUACUGAGCAGGGGGACAGCAUUAAUGAGCGUGGCAGUGAUACUCCCACAGGGCCCAAAGGAGAUUCAGGUGGUGGUGUGUCUACGGAUCAAAUUAAUGACAGAAGUGAGUCACGCAAUGAGGGAGAGGCGGGAAAACCAAACUCCACUGAGGUUCAGGGGAAUCUUGGAAAGGCAUCGCCAUCACCCCCAUCACCACAAGUGCCUGGAGCACCACCUGAACAAAACGAACAAGACCGAACAGCUGGGUUGCAGGAAGACAUAAAUGCACGCAAAACGCCAGAAGAAAGAGCUGGAGCUUCGCCCACAAGCCAACCAAACGAUCCUUCACAGCCACAGACACGUGCGCAAGAGCCUCAAAACGGGGUGGAUGCCACGAAACAAUUGAGCAGCAGUGACGCCGAAGCCCCACCGGGCUUUUCAAGUGACACAUCAGUUGGAAAUAACGCGGAAAGAACUCCACCACCCAUCUCUGAAACCGGAGACGACGCCCCCGGCACUCAGGCGGAAGACUCCGCGGAUAAGAACUCCAAAGGCAAGACUGCGUCAGACUCCCCAGUGUCUCCACAAGGCCAGCAGGAUGUUGCUACCGCGGGUGCAAAGACGAGCGGUGACAAGGAACCUGCAGCAGCAGCCGAGGGCGCCGUCACCAACAAAAACAACUCAGCGAUUACGGCUGACAGUGACGGAGGCAGCGCGGCCUCGCACUGCACUUCCCCCGUUGCGCUUUUUCUCCUUCUUGCGUGUGCGGUGUCUGCAGCGAUGGCGGCGGCGUGA